ACCUUCAUUCUUAUUUGUUACAGUCAUCUGUCCAGGCAUACACUCCUUCUGCUGAAAGACCACCCCCACUAUUGAUGGGCCAAAGCAACCAUGCCCCACUCUCUCUCUCUGCUAGUACUCAUCCCUUUUCUCACUCUCGUGCUGGACUGUUGGGAGGAAAGUGAGGAUACAAAGGUGCCAAAGAUCAGGGAACUGAGGGGAAGAAGGAAGACGAAUCACAGAGGUGAGAAGGACUUCAUGCAAGCAUAUUGGAGAUAAAUGGAUCAUAAUUAAAGCAAAGUUCAGACCGAUAUAUGACCAGUGAGCGGUCCAGGUCCACCUGUCCGGCAGCAGUUCCUCCUAGGUGGACUUAAAGCCAUGCACCCACAUGUUAAAAGCAGCCAAAUGGUUUCUUGGAAUCAAGGUGAUCUAAAGAAACACAUCUCAGAGCCUCCCUUACCCCCCACCCAGCCCCCAAAAAUCACUAUUCCGAGGGCCAACAUGAGAGACAAAAGAGAGAGGUGGGAGGGCAGACACACAAGAGAAGACCUGUCUCGUGAUGACUUGUUGUUUCUGCUCAGUAUUCUGGAGGGAGAACUACAGGCCAGAGAUGAGGUAAUCGCUGUGUUGAAAUCAGAGAAGACAGAUUCAGCUCUACUGGGGGCCCAAUAUGGUUUCAGCGGACCGGAGAAGGUCCUCCGUGCCCUGCAGAGAGACUCCCUCUGGUCCCAGCAGUACCACCUGCAGGAUGUGUACAAAAAACCAAUUGCUGAGCUCAACCAUUUGGUGGAGGCCCAGAAGCGCUCAUUUGAACGGAUGCUGCAGCAGCUCGUGGAGGUGUCCCGCUCUCACAGCAGCGCCCUACACAGGCUAGAGGAGCAAGAGAGGAGCCACAGGGCUUUUAUCCAUAAGAGCAACUUCCUUACCACUCUACUGGAGCAGGACAGAGAGAGACUCAAGCUCCUGAUUGUAAAAGAGAGAGAAUACCAGGAGCUAAAGGGGAAGAAAAGUGAAAGAGAAGUAUCAACUUUUAAGAACGAACUGACCGAGCUGAAGGCAUUUGCACAGCUAGUUGUGAAGGAGCAACAGUGUCUGAGCAAGCUGCUGGAGGAACAGAGGCGUCAUGUCAAAGAACUGACCGCCAUCACUGACCACAUCAAGCAGGAGGUCAGUGCUACUUACCCCAGUGCCAAGAAGGUGGAGCUCAAAUCCCUGCACCUGGAGGUGGAGCACCAUAACCAAGUUUCCAUCUUCAACAAAAGGCAGAACACCAUGACAGCCCCAAGCCUGCUGUCAGAGGUUGAGGUACUGAGGAGAAGGGUCGUGGAAAUGGAGGGAAAGGAUGAGGAACUGAUACGCAUGUGGAACCAGUGUCGAGACCUGGACCGCAGACUAGCGAGGGAGUCCAGCCAUUGCCGUAGUUUGAAAGUUGAGGUGGAUAAGCUCAAUGGCAGAAUCAGUGAAUUAGACAGGAUAGAGGAGGCUUUAGGUAAGAGCAAACAGGAUUGCAGUAGUCUGAAGGGCAGCUUGGAACAAGAGAGAGAGGUUAGCAGGAUGCUGUCUGGUGAGCUCCACACUCUGAAAGUUAGGGUGAGAGAGCUAGAGGCCGUUGAAGGCCAACUGGAAAAGAGUGAAGCGGUGAUUAAACAGGACCUGGCCAAGCUCAGGUCACUGACUGUAGCUUUGGUGGAGGACAGAAAGACCACAGCCGAGAGGCUCCGACAGGCUGAGGAAAAACUCAACAGGAAGGAGGGCAAAAGAAAUGAGCAAAGCAAUUUGGCAACAAUGUCAGAAAGACUGAGAGAGGAGAGGCAGCAGGCACUGAGGUCUAAGGCAGAUUUAGAGGAAAGGAUUAAGGACAUAGCAAAGGAAAAAGAUGAGCUCCAAGACAGAAUAAAAACAGAAGAGGAGAGGAACGGAGAGCUACAGGGUAAAAUAUCCAUAAUGAAGAAAAGGUUACAGGUAUUGGAAAACAGGAAAGAAAAAGAGGAUAAGUACACACUCAGCUCUAUUCCAACUAAUGCUAACCAUCACUGCCAAACAGAGGACAACAAAGUCAAAGAAUUGAGUCAGGAGCUAGAUAGGCUGCGAAAGAGACUACAGGACAAGGAGGUGUUGGAGGAAGAACUGAUGAAGGUGGAAGAGGACUUUGAGUCCCUGCAAAAGAAGUUCAAGGAUGAACAAAAGAGGUCCCAGGCUCUAACAGAGGAGCUAAAAAUGGCAAAGAGGGAGCUUUCCAGGUAUGAGCAGGCAGAGAAGCAGGAGGUCAACCAGGAACACCUUCUCCUUUGCCGUCUUCAAAAGGAGCAGGUUAAAUCCAGACUAUUAGGCAGAGAGGUAGAUACCUUGAAAGAGAAACUCCAGAAGCUGAUGGGAACUGAGGAGUCCAUCUGCAGAGUUCAGACCGAGCACUCUAUGCUGCAGAGAAAACUGAGCCAGCAGGAAGCCAGAAACAGAGAGCUGGCUAGAGAGAUGAAGGAACUGAGUAGUGAGCUAGACAGGUAUAGACGAAUCAAGAAUCUUACACCUGGUGCAAAUAGACAACACUUUUCAGACCUUCAUCAGACCACCAAAGAGGUUCAAACUGAGCCAGCAGAUAGCCUGCCUCUUGACUACAGUGAGCACAGCGAGAAACUAGAUGAAGAAAAUGAGGAUGAGGACCCAAACCAUGCAGAAGUCAUAAACAGAAGAAGAUGUCUUGUCAACAACCUUAACAGCUUCAACAGUGCAAAUAAUAAUGUAAGCCAAUACAGCAGCCACUCAGCGAAUGGCAUAGAUAUGCACCAAACGGUUAAUGGAGAGGUGAUGAUGUUAACACACACACCAGGGCAGCCGUUGCACAUCAAAGUAACACCACAUCAUAUACUCAACACAGCCACACUCGAGAUUAGCAGCCCCACGGGAGACACAGCUUCAUCCUACACCAGCACAGCUGUCAUUCCAACAAGCGGAGCCUCACCUAAGCAGAGAAUUACCAUCAUCCAGAACUCAGCUCUGUCUGCAGUUAAUACUAAACCCCCCCCUUCAAGCCCUGACCGCACCAUCUCCCCACUUAACGGAACACCCAUCUCUCGGGUGUUAAGUCCAAAUUCAUCACGCUCUGUGACACCUGACCACAACAACUCCCCCAUUCAGAUCCUAACAGUCAGAACCUGUUCUCCAGAGGCCACAGAGGUUGCAAAUCAGACUGUCUUCUGCAAGACUCUGGAGCGGCAGAACAGCUGGCAAGAUCAGAAGUCCAACAGCACCGAUACAAGUCCCAGUAUCAUCACCACAGAGGAUAGCAAGAUCCAUAUCCACCUGGGGAGCCCAUAUAUCCAGCCUCUGAAUGGUAUAACCCACAGCAUCCCACAGCCUGUUGGGCCAUACUAUCUCCGACAUGAGCAAAGAACUCAAGUGCUCGCUAAUGGCUGUCAUGUCAAAGGUGUUGGCAAGAUUACAAGUAGCAUCACUAUAUCUCCUGCUACCUCUUCAGCUUCACAUUCCUCAAAUUUUACAGUAAGUGGCCUUUGUGAUUAGGUGAAAAUGUAUAUAUUCUGAACACACAGUAUUAUGUUCUCAGUCACUUUCCCAGACUAGACAACUAAAACAAUGUACUUCCUCUAAUGAGAACCCAACGUUUGUUGUAUUUUUUUUUAACAAUUAUCAAAUAAAAGCUUUGUGGUAUUUGUCCUACGAGAGCCUUUGAAAAGCCUCCUUGAUCUAGUUAGUGUCUCUAGACUUACUGACUUUAACAACCCUCAUUGACUGUAUGGCAUGUGUGUCUAGUGCCUGUAUGAGAGCUAAGUGAUAAAUCAUUGAAACCAAAUUUGUGAUGUGCUUUUUAUAAUUUUCUGUUUCAUUAAUGUUUUUUUCUGUUCAUUAAAGUGUUGUGUUGUUUUUAUUUUAUUCACCUUGAGUACUUUUGAGAGGGGGUUGGAUUCAACACAGCUAACAGAUUUCUAGACAGUUUAAAUGCAAAACCGUUGGAAUCAAAAAAGACAGAAGAUGGUAAAUACCUGUUUUUUCUCCUCUAGGGCCAACUCCACACUGCACACAUCAAGCACUUAUAAUGCACACAAAAAUAUUGGUGGACUCUUAUCUGUUAAUUAGCCACAUUUUUAAAAUGAAGUGAAGGGACAGAAUUACUGGGAUAGAUUCCUCACAACAAUGUGUGUGUGAGUGUGAAACCUCCUUCAAAUAUGCACUGGAAAAGUCAGCUCAUAUUUUUCUGACACAAUAAAACUUGGAACACCUA